AUGAUAAAAUCAUAAAGAGAAUCAUAAGAAAGGUCUAAUUAAGAAUUUCCUUCUCUUUCACCCAAGAAAUCGUUUUCAAUGGUUAAAAGUAAUAAUAUCAUUCAAAUUUCUUAAAAUUCAUAAUAAUCUAUACUAAAAUAAUCACUAAAAUCUAAAUAAGCAUUAGGAACACUACUUAAUAAUAAAUUAAAUUUAGAUAACUAAAGUUCUGAAAUAGCUUUAAGAAAGUCUUUUAGGUAAGAUAAGAAUUCUUUAUGCACAUUUAUUCCUAAUAAAAGAUCAAUGUUAUAAAGUUAAUGCAUUGAUGUUUCAUCAUAAAUAAGAUCCAUUUCUUUUAAAGAAACUAAUUUAAUGUAGAUAUUAAACUAGAUUUCAUAUAUCAUAAAUGAAUUAAAGUAAUAUAAAAGUGAGAAAGGCUUAAUUUCAUUAAUUGAAAAAGAAAUUCAUUCAAAUACACGUUUUCAUGAUCUAUCCUUUCUAUUUGUAGAUGCUAAAAUGAAAGAUAUUGUUUCUUCUGAACAAUUAUUCAAAAAAAUCUAUAAAUAAUUUACUUACUCAUCUGAUAAUAGAACUAUCGUUAAAAGAAGUAAACUUGAUUAAAAUUUCCUUUAAUUACUUUCAGAAUUUCUCAAUAAACUUGAAGAAAUGUUUCGUAAAGUCCAUGAAUCAUAAUUUUAAGGAUUAUAAGAAUCCAUGAAAAGUUCUAGGAUUAAGCUUUUAAGUAAUAUUUUUUAUAAUAUAGACAAGGAAAUUGAAGUUUAGAAUUUGUUUACUUCAUAAUAAAAGAGAGAUUCUUAUUAGUAAUUAUAGUCUUUUCUUUAAUCCAAAUUCUCAAUAAAUAAACGAAUUUUAGAAAGUAAAUUGUUUUAAGAUAUCAAUGAUUUAGAAGAAAAAAAUGGAUAAUUCAAAUAUAUUGAUUAGAAUAAUAGAUUUAUAUCAAACAAAAUUGAUGAUAUUCUAAAAAAUAUUAAAUAUUGA